UAACAUGUAAACUGCGUGUGCGCGCGGGGUUGUUUACGGUUACUAACUUAUUUAUUUUCACUAAAUUUCAGUAACAGAAGUGUCAUUUUUCGGUCAAUUAUUUCAGGUUGCAUUGAAGGAUGACGGAUGCAUUUGGUGCAAUAACCUGGUGGGGAUUCAGUCCCGCACUAGAUCUCCAAGACAAAGUCAGAGAUGUUGAGACUUCCUCAGAUCUGAACAUCCUGAUGAUAGGAGCUGGAGACUGCAGACAUAUGCUCAAGACUAUUGCAUUAUCACAUCGGCACAAGAAGAAACAAAUCAAUUUUUAUGUCAUUGAGAGCAACUUGGAACUCCUUGGCCGGCACUUACUCCUGACAAACCUAGCCCUGGAAUCACCCAAGCUGAUGGGUCUGCAGGAGAAGACAGAGUUGUUCCUAGAGGUCUUUGGCAACUCCUUAGUGAGACAACAAACCAGGGACUACAUCGUCAGCAAGGCAAAAGACUUCAUCAGAAUGGUGACUGACUCUGACUACUUGGCUCAGAGGCUCCCAGCAUUUGAUUUCUCCUUGUUGAAGUUUAAAGAACGAGAUCAGCUAGAGGCAAUCUUCAAGUUUUGGAGAGGCAGCGACGACAGAGUUUUUGAUAUCUCCAAGUGCUGGGACAACAGGUUAAGACGUUACCUAUCGACCCGUUAUGACUCCCGCGUGGGGGCCUAUGACUGGGACUACAACAUGAAGUUAUUGGACCGCGGUGCUGGCAUCAUCCAUAAGAAAGAAUACAGUUACUGGAGAGAGACUGGGUCCGCGUUCAGCGUGAGAGAAGGAACCUACGACGUGCCCAACAAGACACUCGCAUCGGGACUUAUUGUCAAGACUACCAGUGGUAACGUCCCACAGCGAGGCUACUGGGGUGACAUUGUCAGCAGUCCCUACCUAGCCUUUGGUAUUGAGUCUGAGGAAGCCAGUCUGACAAAGAAGACUAAUGACAAGUACACAAAGUCGGCACAAGACAUCUCGGAACACAACAUCUUGGCCAUGCUCCACGAGCUGACGACGGGUGAAAAAUAUGUUCUUCCCAAACCAAGCAAAGACACAGAGACAAAAGAAAAGAAAAAUUCCGAAGGGGCAACACUUGAAGAAAUAACGGAAGAAGAGGAGGAAGAAGUAGAAGAUAAGAAGGAAGAUAAAAGUAAUGAGCAAAAGAAGAAACAAGUUGAAGAAAAUGGAAACAAGGAUCAACAGAAUAAAGAAUAUGAAAAUAUCCCGAUAGAAAAUGUCAAGAUUUACUUUCUUCCGAUCGGAUCAGCACAUGAAAUACACAAAAAGGGCAAAUACAAGGGGUUGUUCAACAUGGUCUACCUUUCCAAUGGCAUGGUGCACUACCUGACCGAGGACUUGAAGACAGUCUUUGCAGACCAAUCCACAAUCAUUACAGAGACGGCGCGGUUCAUGUUGGAACUCAAAACAGAACAGUGCCAAGAAUUCCUGAGUAAAGUAACAGGAAUGGCACGAGCUGUCGGCUGCCAGAUCACAUCCACGAGUGAUGCCCUCAAAGACUCCUUCCUGCGCUUCAGAUUCGAGAGAAAAACGUGACAAGAUAACCUGAUAUAAUUAUUUCCAAUUUGUUUAAAUGUUUGAGAGGUUUUCAAUAUUCCUUAUUUGUGCACUACGUUAUUUUACAUGUACUUUCAAGUGUGUUUACACGCCAGGAUUCUAUGAAGAACCACCGAGAACAUAUUCCUGAAAAGCUCAUGUAGCUUUUCUGAGUACGUGUAUAAUUGAGAAAAAAAAAACAAGAUUGACUGAAAAGAAUGCAAACUAUACUUCGAGAAACACUUCUGGUUUAGACUGUGUUUAAAAAUGUGAUUUGUAACCAAUUAAAGGGCAGGUGACGCUCACUUUCAGUAAAA